AUGGCCAGACGUACAAGAAACAUCCAGGAGCAGGAUGUAGAGCUAGAUGAGGUGGACCUGUUUCAUUCAAACAGAGACAAGAUACUUCUUAACGACGCGGGGGAGUAUGGACGUCGGCACAACGAGGAAGACGAGGGCUCCGAGGAAGAGGUCAUGGGAGUGGAAGAUGACGAAGAGGAUAGUCAGGAGGACCAUGGAGACUCCGACUUGGAAGAUGAAGCGUCAGAAAUAGAGGGGAAAGGAGAAGAGGGAGAAGGCGAGGACGAGGAGAAAGGAUGGGGUGGCAGACAGAACUAUUAUGGAGGCGAUGAUGCCAGUGACGACGAAGACGCCAAGCGGAUGACAGAGGAAGCGUUGAGACAGCAGAAAAGGCACCUCGAGGAGUUGGAAAUGGACGACUAUGUGGAUGAGGCUGUGAUGGAAGACUGGCAGAAGAAAGCCGCCGCUUUUGAUGGCCAAGGAGACACUGCAUCGCAAUUGGUGAUUGAUACGGGUGUCUCCAUGGACCAACUCGACGAUAACGAACGCUUGAUCAUGUUGCGCCAGUCUUUCCCAGAAUUCAUACCGCUAAUGAAAGAGUUGGAGUCUCUACAACCUAGAUUGGCGGAGUUGAGAGAUAUCGAACACCCGAACCGCUGCAUCCAGAUUAAAAUUGCUGCUCUAGCAGGUUACCUUGCCUCGAUAUCAUCCUACUUUGCCUUGUUUGUUGACGGAUUGCAGAGCCAAGAAGGGUUCAAGUCUAUGAAGGACCACCCAGUGAUGGAGACCAUAUUAAGUUCGCGCGAGGUUUGGCGACAAGCAAACGAGUUGCCAACGGAAGUGGCAAAAUCAAAGGCACUGGCGGAGACCGCGUUUGAAAAGACGGUGGAAGUGGGAUCGAGCGAUAUCGACGAGGAUAACUUUGUGGAUGCCAAGGAGUACCAUGAUGAUGGCGAGGAAGAAGAAGAAGAAGAGGAGGAGGAGGAGGAGGAGGAGAAAGAGGAAGAAGAGCAAGAAAACGAAGAAGAAGAAGAAGGAAACGAAUCGGAUGGCGCCAUUGAUGUUCACAAACAAAGAGUGAUAAGACAAGCAUUAAACACGGCGGAAGACGAUUUCGCGGAAGGCAACAUAGAGGACGUCGAUUUGGAAGAUAAAAAGCGCCGAAAGAAGAACUUGAGGUUCUACACGGCCAAGAUCGAUAAGGCUGCUGCUCAGAAAGACAAGGCCAUAUCAGGAGACAUGGACGUGCCGUAUAAGGAAAGGCUUUUCGAGCGACAACAGCGACUCGUUGAAGAAGCUCGAAAGAGGGGCCUUGAUAAACGUGACAUUCCCGAUGCCGAAGAUUACGGCGAUGGUGAUGGCGAUGGCGAUGGCGAUGGCGAUGGCGAUGGCGAUGGCGAUGGCGAUGGCGAUGGCGAUGGAAGCCAUUACGAGAGGAUCAAACAGAAGAAGCAAACCAAACAGGACAGCAGGAAAUCCGCUCACUUGGCAGCGGUCAAGGCAGCCAAGGAGGGCAAGCUAGCUGAAUUGCAAGAGGAAGCGGGCGAGGAUGGAAAGAGAGCCGUCAACUACCAAAUCUUGAAGAACAAAGGUCUCACGCCGCACCGCAAGAAGGAGUACAGAAACUCGAGAGUUAAAAAGAGAAAGCAAUAUGAGACUGCCAAAAAGAAACUCAAAUCUGUCAGGCAGGUUUACGAUAGUGAGAAGCAUAGAGGUCCAUACGAAGGAGAAAAGACGGGUAUAAAGAAAGGGUUGUCGAGAUCAGUAAAGCUAGUGUAA